CACCGAUCAAUGGAAAGAGCUGAAAGAGGUCAGCUCGGUCAUGUGAUCAGCUGUGUCCAAUCACAGCUGUUCAAAUAGGAGAGCCGGUAAUCGGCAUUCAUCAGAGGGACAUGUACACUGAUCAUCAGGGCUCUGAUGAUCAGUGUGCCCUGAUGAUCAGUGUAGCCCCAGCAGUGCCACCUGUCAGUGUCCAUCAAUGCCACCUGCCAGUGCACAUCAAUGCCACCUGCCAGUGCACAUCAAUGCCUCAUCAAUGCCACAUAUCAGUGCCUACCAGUGCACAUCAAUGCCACACAUCAGUGCCCAUCUAACCUGCCUUUCAGUGCCACCUAUCAGUGCCAGUCAGUGCCACAUAUGAAUGCAAGUCAGUGCCACCUAUCAGUGCCUGUCAGAGCUGCCUAUCAGUGCCACAUAACAUUGCCAUAUAUCAGUGCUGCCUUUUAGUG